AUGAAUCAAUUACUAAAAUGUACUUACUGUCAUGUGUUGCUUUUAGAAUACGACCUCAUAGUCAUACCCAUAUACAAUGUGAAACGUAGUCUUCUAGAAACAGAAAAAUGGCCGAAGCUUACAAAAUAUAAACGUAACGAUCUCUCAAGACUAGAUAUAGAUCAUUAUGAAGAAGCAACUGAACUAAUAGAUAUAGACAACUUGGAUUAUAAUAAUGAUAGGAAUGAUGUACAAUUAGAAAUCAAUGAAGUACAUAAGAAGAUCGAUGGUAAUCUGGGUCGAUAUGGUCAUAUGAUGACCAUGGAUGAUGGUCAAGAUAAAAUAGUGGGCGGUACAGAGGUUGACAUCAAUUUGUAUCCAUAUCAUGCUGCGUAUGGUACUAAUUGUGGGGGGGCGAUUUUGGAUAAAAAAUGGGUCAUCACAGCUGGACAUUGCGGGAAGAAACCAUUCAUAAGAGUUGGAUCCAAGUACUUCAACCAAGGCAGAAAACACAACAUAAAGAAUUACUUCGUCCACCCGAUGUGGUCGGCCAGUGCGAAGGAGCAUCCUUUCGACUUCGACUUCCAACUCCUGGAGCUGGAGGAACCCCUGAAGUUUGGAGACAACGUCCAGCCGGUGAAGGUGGCUCAUAUCGAGGACAUGGUGAUAGGGAAAGUUGUUAGUGUCACUGGAUGGGGAAAUACACAGGAAAAUGGUCCGUACUCCAGUAAUCUCCGCGCUGUCCGAGUCCCCAUCAUAGCCAAGGAGAACUGCCAGCGGGUUCCCUUCCCCUACUUCCGAGGUGCUCUCACCUCCAGGAUGUUCUGCGCUGGCUUCUCAGAAGGGAAAAAGGAUGCUUGUCAGGGAGACUCCGGUGGUCCAGCGGUAGCUUAUGACAGACUUCUGGGCAUGGUGUCCUUCGGUUAUGGAUGCGCCACUCCUGGCUCUUACGGGGUUUACAGCAAAGUCGCCAAAGUCAGACCCUGGAUUCAACAAGUGACAGGAUUAACUUUGGACUAACUCUGCGUUAAGAGAAAUAUAUUUUACCCUUUUCUCUAUCUA